GCACGAAGUGUCAUUUCUCCCGAAAUAAUUGAGCCUACCGAGGAAGCAGAACAAUCCGAUUCGACCCAACGAUUAUUUUCAGAUAUAACUUCAGAAAUCUGGAACCAAUUUAAAAUUAUUUUCGAUAGGAUUAUGGCAGAAAAAAGCGUGUUCUUUAGAUGA